AUGGCUCCUUGGCCUGAGGUGGAAAACGCCCAGCCCAACCCAGGUAAAUACAUCGGAGGCAUCACAGAUGGCCAACAGCCCCCCACAGAUGGAAAAGAAAAGGAGCCCAACAAAAAUGUUGCAGGGACCGCUGACACAAAGGUUGAACUUCAGCCAUACCACUCCACCGCCACCCUGAUAGAGGAGCACCCUGGCGUUGAAGACCCCUGGGACCUGCCCGAGCUUCAGCCCAAGGGGAUCAGGUGGUCGGAAAGAGACACCAAAGGGAAGAUUCUGUGUUCCCUGAGACAGAUCGGGAGGCUCGUUCUGCUCCUGGCGUUCCUCUACCUGUUCGUGUGCUCCUUGGAUAUCCUCAGCAGUGCCUUCCAGCUGCUUGGAGGAAAAAUGGCCGGGAAGAUCUUCAGCAACAACUCUAUAAUAUCCAACCCCCUGGCGGGUCUGAUGAUCGGUGUGCUGGUGACCGCUUUGGUGCAAAGCUCGAGCACCUCCACAUCCAUCAUCGUCAGCAUGGUGGCCUCCUCACUGCUGUCAGUGCGGACUGCCAUCCCCUAUGUCAUGGGAGCCAACAUUGGAACUUCGAUCACCAACACCCUCGUGGCGCUCAUGCAAGUGGGAGACCGGAAUGUGUUCCGAAGGGCUUUUGCAGGGGCCACCAUCCACGACUUCUUCAACUGGCUCUCCGUGCUGGUGCUUCUGCCCGUGGAGGUCUCCACCCAUUACCUGGAGGCCCUGACCAACCUCAUGGUGGACGUCUUCAAUUUCAGAAGUGGAGAAGAUGCCCCGGAACUUCUUAGAGUUAUCACGAAACCCCUUACAAAUUUCAUUAUCCGGCUGGAUAAAAAGGUUAUCAACCAGAUUGCAUUGAAUGACCCAACAGCUAUGAACAAGAGUCUGAUCAAGAUUUGGUGCAAAACUUUGACCAAUGUGACUCAGGUGAAUGUCACCGUCCCCUCAAUUCAGAACUGCACCUCACGCAACCUCUGUUGGACAGAUGGUAUCUCCACCUGGACCAUCAAGAAUGUCACCAGCAAGGAGAAUAUUGCCAAGUGCCAGCACCUCUUUGUGAAUGCCAACCUCAUGGAUGUUGCUGUUGGCAUCAUCCUUCUGGUUAUCUCCGCGCUGAUGCUGUGUGGCUGUUUGAUCAUGAUCGUCAGGCUCCUGGCUUCUGUGCUUAAGGGACAAGUAGCCAUUGUCAUCAAAAAGACCAUCAAUACUGAUUUCCCUUUCCCCUUUUCCUGGCUGACUGGCUACCUGGCUAUCUUAGUGGGGGCAGGAAUGACCUUCAUCGUGCAGAGCAGCUCAGUGUUCACAUCUACUUUGACCCCACUGAUCGGUGUCGGAGUGAUAAGUAUUGAGAGGGCGUAUCCACUCACACUGGGGGCCAACAUCGGCACCACCACCACUGCUAUCAUGGCCGCCUUGGCCAGUCCAGGCAAGACCUUGAAAUCCGCACUCCAGAUCGCCCUGUGCCACUUUUUCUUCAAUAUCACGGGUAUCCUUCUGUGGUACCCAAUCCCGUACACUCGCCUGCCCAUCCGCCUGGCCAAGGGACUGGGCAACAUCUCAGCUAAGUACCGCUGGUUUGCAGUCUUCUACCUGGUCACCUUAUUCUUCCUGUUCCCGCUGGCCGUGUUUGGCCUCUCGCUGGCUGGCUGGCCAGUGCUGGUGGGCGUGGGGGUGCCCAUCGUCCUCGUGAUCCUUCUGGUGCUGGUGCUCAAGCUCCUGCAGGCCAGCUGCCCCCGCAUCCUGCCCAAGGUGUUCCAGACCUGGAGCUUCCUGCCCAUGUGCAUGCGCUCGCUGAAGCCCUGGGACGUCGCCAUCUCCCUGGCCACCGGCUGCUGCAUGAGGAACUGCUGCUGCUGCUGCCGCAUCUGCUGCCGCUUCUGCUGCUCGCUCUGCUGCCCCAGGUGCUGCCGCUGCAGCAAGUGCUGCCGGGAGCCCACAGAGGAGGAGGAGGUAACCCAAAUCAAGGUCCCCGAGUCCUUUCGUACCAUCUCUGUGGUCGUGGAGGCCCCGGAAGGGGUCCCCAAGUCCCCAGAGGAACCCAAAUCCCAAGAGGACACUCUGA